GGCCUCCCUUCUCAGACAGCGAUCAUCUUCGGAGCGUUAGUACCUUAGAGCCCGGCACCAAGAGUUGUGGGGUUCUGGCCAAUGCAAUCCUUCAUGCAAUGACUCGAUCUUAGGCUCCGAUUCAUGCGCUUCCCAUUCCACCCCGUACACAUCCACGCCCCAUGGGGUCGGUGAUGCUAGAACCUCGGACCUUUUAAACGUUUCCAGGCUCUUCUCGUUGAGAGGCUUACCUCUUCUAUCGCGGAAGACUUAUAAAGCUCUUCGUUCUCUUCUGCAACCUUUCUCUCAGUCACCAACUCUCUCCACAAAUAUCUUUCUUCUUAUCCUUCACCCACAACCUCACCAUGGAGAAGAGCGAUCCCUACGAUGACAUGUCGAAAGCAGAUGCAGACGUUGCCAGGGUGGAAAACAUCGAGGACAAUACGAUGGUGGUAGUCAACGACGCCGACAUCUCGUACGGAAAGAACGGCAUUCCAGGACUUAUUGGAUCGCCUUACGUCUUCGGAGCAGCUCUCCUGGCGUCGUUAGGUGGCUUUUCCUUUGGUUACGACCAAGGAGUUAUCUCUAUCAUCAAUGUUAUGCCACAGUUCCACGCCGUGUUCCCUAGGACGGAAACUGCAUUCGGCAAGAGUUUUAUGACUGGCAUGCUGGAGCUUGGUGCCUUCAUCGGGUGCCUCUUCAUGCCGGCGUUAGCCGAUAGGAUCUCGCGUAAAUGGGCUUUGACCGUCGCUGUCGUGAUCUUCAACAUCGGUGCUAUUAUGCAGACGGCGGCUCCGAAUUACGCAGUACUAGUUGCUGGGAGGACUAUCGGUGGUGUUGGUGUGGGAACACUAGCAAUGGGUGCACCUAUCUACAUAUCGGAACUCUCUCCACCGAACCUUCGAGGUACUCUACUAGUGUUGGAAUCGAUCUGUAUCGUAUCCGGUGUCGUUAUCUCCUUCUAUACUACUUACGGCACGCGUCACAUCGCCAGCGAGGCAUCUUUCCGACUUCCUUUUGGUCUACAGAUGGUCAGUGCCACAUUUCUCGGUGUCGGACUACUUUUCUAUCCCUUUUCGCCUCGAUGGCUCGCCCUAGUUGGUCGCAAAGAAGAAUGUCUUCAAAGUCUGAGGCGCCUACGAGGUCUCCCGGAAACCGAUCCUCGCGUGCAGGCCGAGUACAACGCCAUCCUUACCGAGGUAGAGGUUGAGAAGUCUAUCCAAGAGAAGCACCACCCAGGGGUUUCUGGUUUCAAGCUAGAGAUCCUAGGCUGGCUAGAUCUACUUAAGAAGAAGACAUGGCGUCGCACGGCUGUAGCUGUAGGCGCCACCUUCUUUCAGCAGUUUUCUGGAGUCAACGGCUUCAUCUACUACGCCCCAACUUUGUUCGCUUCUCUUGGUCAAGACCCAGAGAUGGCGCUUACUAUGUCGGGAAUUUUCAACAUCCUGCAGUUAGUAGGUGUGGCACUUUGCUUUGUCAUCAUCGAUCACGUUGGCCGUAGACCCUUAGCCAUCUUUGGUGCCCUUGGCGGCGCUAUCACUUGGGGAAUCAUGGCGGUACUGACUGGAAUCUACUCAGACGACUGGUCUGCCAACACUUCUGCGGGAUGGGCAGCCGUGGCCAUGGCGUUCAUCUUCAUCCUGGUAUUUGGAAUGUCCUACUCUUGUCUUGGUUGGGUCUUACCAGCGGAGGUAUACACGGGCAGCUCUCGAGCCAAGGGUGUCGCUAUGGCAGUGUGUGUGAACUGGCUCUGCAACUUUACUGUUGGUGUCGCUACUCCACCAAUGCUCGAGAGCAUCGGGUUUGGUAUGUACGUAUUCUAUGGGUCUAUGUGCUUUCUGGCGUCUAUAUGGGCAUACUUUCUGGUUCCCGAGACGAUGGGCAAGACUUUGGAGCAGAUGGAUUUUGUUUUUGGGGACAAUGCAGCACAGGAAGAGAGGGAAAUUCUUGAGACGCGUGUGCGCCGGGGAGUCGGAGCUGAUCACGGAGUCGUUUGAGGUCGAUCAGUGAAGUAGAGGGAUCAGGCUAGUCAAGGCUCUAUUUCCUAACAUAGAGCUGUUGAUGGGUGUACGAAGGUUGAGUUCGAGCCGUUCGUAGUGAAUAAAGGACAGAUCCGCC